AUGAUUCAGAAUCAGUUGUUUCGUGCUGAUGUGAUUCGCCUCUAUAAAACACUCUAUUACCUUGGUAAAGAAUACCCGAAGGGCUCGUUAUGGUUCCAUAAUAAACUUAAGAACGCCUUCGUUCGCAACAAAGAUGAAACGGAUCCAGAAAAGAUCAAAGCGUUAAUAGCGAAAGGCAAUUAUGUGGUGAAAGAACUUGAAAGUAUGUAUUACUUACGCAAAUAUCGAACACUUAAGAAACGUUACUAUGAAUGA